AUGGCGGUGCACAUCCCCGCAGUGUUGGCCGUGCUGGUUUACUUCAUCGUCGUAGUGUGCGUGGGCGUGUGGUCGGGCCGCAAGCUGCACGUUAUCAAGGAGGAGGGCCCCAUGUCGGCGAUGCGCGAGGACAUGCGACGCAGGAGGCCGCAGCCGCCGAAGCGCUUCCUCCACAGACUCUUCUUGGCCGACAGGAGCAUGUCGCUCGGACUCGGCAUCAGCACCAUGACAGCCACCUGGGUCGGGGGCGGCUACCUCAAUGGAACUGCCGAGGCUGUCUACACGCACGGCGUACUCUACUGCCACGUUCCAAUCGGUUACGCCAUCAGCCUCGUUCUUGGCGGCUGUUUCUUCGCGCAAAAGAUGCGCACGACGAACGCGGUGACCAUGCUGGACCCGUUCCAGGAGCAGUACGGCCGCUGGAUGGGCCUCCUCCUGUGCCUGCCCGCUGUGUGCGGCGAGAUGUUCUGGACGGCCGCCAUGUUGGCCGCACUGGGUGACGCUGCGGGAUCCAUGAUGGAAGUGGACUCGAAGCUCUUCAUCGUCAUUGCCGCUACGACCAUAUUCUUCUACACGGCUCUCGGAGGCCAAUACUCGGUCGCCUACACCGACGUCCUCCAGAUAUGCAUCACGAUCGUAUUCAUGUGGGUAUGCGUACCGUACGUCAUGAAAGGCCGCGCCGUGGGAACUGUGAGGGGCCCCGAGACCGACUGGAUCGGGGACGUCUCGUUCUCAGAAGCGGGCCCGCUGCUCGACGCAUUUCUCAUGACCGCCCUCGGAGGCAUACCGUGGCAGGUCUAUUUUCAGUGCAUACUGGGCUCCAACAGCGACUUCGCCGCAGAGGUGCUUUCCUACGUGUCCGCCUUAGGCUGCGUCGUCAUGGCCGUUCCACCGAUUGUCAUCGGAGCAACGGCCAAGACCACAAGCUUCCGAGACGGAGGUGGCCUUAACGCUGCGCAUCAUGGUGUGCCUGUUCGGCGCCGUGGCCACCUACCUGGCGCUGUCGGUGCAGUCGGUGUUCGGACUGUGGACACUGUGCUCCGAGGUGGUGUACGUACUGCUCUUCCCGCAGCUCGUGUGCGUCUUCUACAUCAAGAACACCAACACCUACGGCUCCGUCACAGCGUUCGUGCUGGGCGCCUUCGUGCGCUGGCUGUGCGGCGAGCCUUCGCUGAACGUGUCGGCGUCGAUACAGCUGCCACUGUACGAUCAAAAGAAGGAACCGUGGUUUCCUUUCCGACUGGCAUGUAUGUCGAUAGGUUUCGUCGCACUGAUCGGGGGCUCCUCGGCAGCCGCCAUGGCUUUCGAGAAGCGGUGGCUUCCGCCACACUACGACGUAUUCGGCUGCUUCCGCGAACCUCAACCCGGAGAGACCGCCACCCGACGCACCGACACCCUCUGGACCAGGGAACACGUCGAGGACGAGCGCUGCGUCAGGAUAUGCACGGACUACGCCAGGUCGGAGCUGAGCAACAGGAGCGAGCAGACUCAGCUGCCUUCGAGGAGAUCGCGCGCGACGAGCAUGAACGCGACCGAGCUGUCCACGAGGACCGAUCGCAGCAAGGGGCCGGCGUCGGCGUCGAACCGUCGCCGCAAACGACGCAACCCGGUCGCCAAUUCGUCGGUGGCGCCCGCAAAGACGCCCGAGACGACCAACAACAAGGGCGUCCGCACCGGCAGAAAGCAGAGGCGGCGCAGCACGAAGCAGGGUGGCGACGACGAGACGGCGCCUACCAUGAGGAAUGCCGAGAUGUCGGCCUCCUCGCGGCGCGGCAAAAAGCCCCGGAAGAAUUAGUGGCCGCGGGCGAGCUUGACCGAACGAGCGGGUGCAUUGUUCCUUCCUGGACUUACUUGGUGCCAGCGCGGUAGCCCGCCACGAACUGUCCCUGGACGGCGAUCGUGUGUCCCCAGCGUGGUAUCAGCAGCACCCAGGAAGGCCUCGCUCACGGUCGAGCUUUGAACGUCGGCUGAUUGAUGUGUUCGCGUGUGUUGAGAAGCCGGGUGUGUGUGUGUGUAUUUGGGGGAAACGGGGAAUAGCGAAUAAUGAGCGCAUUCAAAUCGAAGACGUUGGUGAUUCGGCGGCCAUGACUGCACGCGGAGUACAAUAUGAUGGUUCUCCAAACCGCCACAUUUAUUUGAUAAAAAAGUUCUGCGAGAAUUCCCGCAGGCAUUUGGGAAGAUGACUGCAGCUUGUCGCGAUGUUCCCUUCCAGUGCGCGCGAUGCGCAAGCGCGUCCUCCG